AGCCCUAGCUAACUCACCUCUCUCUCUCUCUCUCUCUCUCUCCUCACUUCAAAAAUCAAGAAUAAUAAUAAUAAUAUAUGUAUAACAUAUCAUCAAUAGUAAUAAUAAUAAAAAUGGAUUAACCAGCAAGGGCUCAGUUAAACUUUUUUAGGAAAAAACCCAAAUCAGCAAGCAAUUCAGAAAACAAAGAAAAGAGAGCAAAGAUCCACUUAAGGGUCUCCGCUUUCUAGUAUUGCUCAAAGAAAGAAACUCCAAGAUAGCGAAACGGAAGAGUCCUCUCAUCCUCUCCCGUCAGUCUCAUCAUCAUCAUCCAUCCCUCCGCUUAAUAACAAUAUCCAACUCAUAGAACUUCCUUUCUCGCUCUCUCUCUCUCUCUCUCUCUCUCUCCUCAAAAAAUGGAAAUUCUGUGAUAUUAAACAAUAUAUAGUCUUUCACAAACUUUCUUUUUUUAUCCUUUCCUUUUAGAGUUUGGUCUUCUCUCUGCUGAUUGUUUUCAUCAACAGUCCAAACUUCUGCAAAAUUAUAGGAUCACCUACCGCUCUUGCCUCUUGGUUUUAUCAAGAAACCAAAGAUUCACUUCCUCUCUUUUGGUUUUCUGUUAUCAGUUCAGAAAGUGGAGAAGUAACCCUAGAAGAAGAACCCUUUUGCAGGAGGCUUAAAGGUUAAGAGAGAACAUAAAAUCACAAAACUGCAUAUUUAAUUUAAUAAGAUCCAUCUCAGAAAAGAAACACCCACAAAAUCAUGGAGUCAAUCUCUGAAAUGGACCGCUCCUACUCUGAAAACACCAGCUUAGACAACAUAAAAACCACCACCACCACCACCACUACUAUCUCGGGAGCAACUUCAUCAUCACCAUCAUCAUCCACCACUCCUAGCCGCUAUGAGAACCAAAAGCGCCGAGACUGGAACACCUUUGGUCAAUAUCUCAAGAACCAUAGGCCUCCCCUCUCUCUCUCCAGGUGCAGUGGAGCUCAUGUCCUUGAAUUCCUUCGCUAUCUGGACCAAUUUGGCAAGACCAAAGUGCACACCCCAAUCUGCCCUUUUUAUGGCCACCCAAAUCCCCCUGCUCCCUGCCCGUGUCCUCUUCGCCAGGCCUGGGGCAGUCUCGACGCGCUUAUCGGACGCCUCCGGGCAGCCUUCGAGGAAAAUGGAGGCAAACCUGAAGCAAACCCUUUUGGAGCUCGUGCAGUAAGGCUUUACCUUCGCGAGGUUCGUGAUUUGCAGUCCAAAGCAAGAGGGGUUAGCUAUGAGAAAAAGAAGCGUAAGCGUCCACCGCAGCAGCAAAUCCAAGCUAUGCAGCCACCACCAGGUGCAACUUAAAAUUAAAAAAAAAAGAAAGAAAGAAAAAUACCCUUUCAUCCGGCAGUCUACAAUAUUGCUACUCUUGAUAGUCAUUACCUUGUAUGUGGGUACUUUUCUUUUCGUUUUUCUUUUAGUACGAGUUAUGGUAUUUUAGUAGCAUAUUUAGGGUUAGCUGCUUUAUUUUUUUUUUUUUUUUGUGGGUUAUUUCUGUUUGCUUUGACGGAAGCAAUGGCUAGAUCUGGGGAUACCUUGAAUCUGCUUUUGAUGCAAACAGUGGUAGUAGUAUUACUAUAGUAGUGAGACUAGUGGUAGUGGUACUAGAGAAAAGUGGUGGAAGAAGUGAUUGUACUUGCAGGUUUAUGGUCUAUGUGGAACUGAGAGAGCAUCUAAUUGCUCAACUAAUUCUAUGUACUUGAAUAUUCAUGUAUGCCAAGCCAUAGAUUUGCAUA